CUGCCGGCCACACACACAUACGGGCAAACGCACACAGUCAGACUUUAUUAUUUAUUUUUGUUUUCUCUGCUGUGCGAAUUAUUUUUGUAACAGCAGCCAGGAUAAUUAAUUGCAAGGACAGGAAGAAAAAACGGCAAGCAUGGAGAACAAAAGCCCCACAGCACCGGCUUUGGAGAAAUGGGGAUUUCCACUACAGGAGCUGUAUCGUCUCGCCUUUACAUUCUACAAACAGAACUCGGGCAAAGCGAUUCAUUUAUCAUACGAGGAUAAUCUCAAGCUGAUUGCAUUUAAGCAACAGGCACAACUCGGACCCUUUAACACCAACGAUGCGCCGGCUUUGGGAGUUCUCGAUGUGAUUGGACGCGACAGGCAACAGCAUUGGCAGCUGUUGGGCGACAUCACGCGAGAGCAGGCGCAGGAGGGAUUCAUCGAUCUGCUGGACACCAUGUGCAGUGCAUUCCGACCAUACAUCGAGGCGGUGCGUCAGAAUCGUGACGACACCCUGAAGGACGAACUGCGUCGCAUGGAGCUGGAGAAGGAGGCGAGAGAGCGACGCGAGCGGGAACAGCAGCAGCUGCUCGAGGAGGGCUACAAGGAGGAAUUGCAGCGACGCCAGCUGCAGGAUGCACUCAACAAGCAGACCUAUCAGCAGUUCAAGCUGUACGCAGAGAAGCAGUUUCCUGGCAAUCCCGAGCAGCAGGCGGUGCUCAUACAUCAGCUGCAGCGGGAGCAUUAUCAUCAGUAUAUGCAGCAGCUGCAUCUGCAGCAACAGAGUCAUCCGCCUCCCAAUUCCAAUCAGAGCGAACAGGAGCAAAUGCCGCCGCACCAGGAGCCGGAGAAGCUGCCUCAGCAGGAUCAGCUGCAGAGCGGCAACAACAGCAACAACAACAACAGCAACAGCAGCGUUAAUCUGGCCAAUGCCAUGGAGGGAUUGCAACUGAAUGAACAGCAGCAACAACAACAUCAGCAGCAGCAUCAGCAUGAGCAGCAAGCGACAGCUCAUCAUGAGGUGGAGGAGUACGAUGAUUAUGUGAUGAUACGUCCAGCCAAGAUCUGGACACGUCCAGACAUCGACCAGUUCAAGACUGAAGUGUCCGCCGGCGAUGGCGAUGGCGUCAUUACCAUCGGCCAUGGCGAUACGGUAACGGUGCGUGUGCCCACCAAUCUCAAUGGCAAGUGCAUCUUCUGGGAGUUUGCCACCGAUAACUAUGACAUUGGUUUCGGCAUCUACUUUGAAUGGGCCAAACCUAUCACCAAUGAGGUGACGGUGCAUGUGAGCGACAGCGAUGAGGACGAGGACUGUGUGGAUGAGGAUUAUCUAUCGACCACCGAGGAUCUGGAGUCUGGCUCUUUGUCCCACGAUCGCAGCGUCCAAGCGGCGGCUGCUGCACACAAUGCAGCUUCGGCGGCGGCUGCAGCUGCUUCCAAGGCGCCCAUUUCGAUAAUUGUGCCAAUCUAUAGGCGUGAGUGCUACAACGAGGUGUAUGUGGGUUCGCAUUCCUAUCCCGGUGAGGGUGUCUAUUUGCUGAAAUUCGACAAUAGCUACAGCAUUUGGCGUUCCAAAACGCUCUAUUAUCGCGUCUACUACGAACGAUAAGCAAACGAAUUGAAUCGAACCGAUUAGCGAUAGAAGCGCCAAAACAAAAAUUUAACUCCAGUUCGAACUGGUCACACUUAAAACACUGUCGUGCAGCAGGCCGGCAACCUGACACACUUAUGUGUGUGUGUGUGUUUCGAGGGAUGUGUGCAAAUAUGCAUCAAAUUGGUAACUGCACACAAUUUUCAAUUUGCAUCAACAAAAUGAUUAAAUCAAUAUUAUUUAUUAUAUAGUUUUCAAAAUACAAUAAAUGUAUGUACAUACUGCUGAUGUAU